GUCUAACUAUUUUCAUUUGUUAUCAUGACCAUAGCGUACAUGCGUAUUGUCAGAUAGACAGCACCACGACAUAUACGUGUAUGCGCUCACGAUGAGUGGUGCCACCCAACGAGGAAAGAAGAGAAAGCUUGAGGAUGUUGCUGAAACCCCACAAGAUCAAAAUCAAAAGCGUCGUACCUCCAUGGACAAUGGACAUAGCACAAAUGAUGAAGAACCUAUCGCUAUUGCUGGCCUCCCAUACACUGACAUUAAGUACACCUCAGUAUCAGCAUUUCCACCGACUGUGAAGGAAAGGGGAAACUCACUGGAGGAGAUUUUUGAAUCAGUACCCUCAGAAGGAAUAUUCCCGUCAGAAAUGUUUAACACAUUUGAAGCAGAAGAGAAGAACACGAACCUCACGUCACGUCUGAGAGACUUCAUCGGAAAAGCAGGUAUCGCACUUGUCGGCAGAUCAAUGGCUGCAACAUGCAACUUGAAGAACACUGAAGCUCGUCCUGAUAGUGUUAUCUAUGAUGCUCUGUUGAUCUCACAAUCCCUUCCCCCAACAUUGCUCACCUUUAUAGAGGCCAAAGAAGAUGCUGAAGUGGAUAUCGCCAGUGUCUCUACUGCUGAGGGAAUAGACGACGAGGAGGAAAGAAAGUACAACAAAUCCGUAGCCAAGGCAAUGAUGCAUGCAUGUUAUUUCACUGAUGAACACUUUGAUGUGAUCUACGGAAUUAUCAAGUCUGAAGAUAAUGAGACAACAGAAACAUUUAACAGGAGACUGUCAAAUAUAAAAGAAGAAACAUCAAAAUAUAGUAUUGGUAGUAAUCUGUUGAUGUCUCAAGAACGAUGUCUGAAAAUCCACAAGGCCUUCAUCAUGAUGUCUGCCCUAUCUGACAUUCGUUUAGUGCCAGCUGUUGAAGAGGACGUUGGCAAGGCAUCCCACUAUGUUGUGCCUGUGGAUAUGUACCGUAAACUGAUGCUUCAUCUUGAUUCAACUCAUCACAGGACCACUGUAUCUCACAGUGAUGAGAGCUUUCAUUUACUGCUGAAUGAACGAUUCUCUAAAACAGGAAAAAAUAUGGUGGACGCAAUGAAAAGCGAUCAACAUGAGAUAAAAACACAGAGCCAUCGUCCUCUGCAACUCAGCGAUGGCUCAUCAAACAAAAUCAAAGGUGAAUGCACAAAGCACAAGGCAUUACAACUCCUAGAAAACAAUGGGGUUUGGCUAAAAUAGAUCAUCAUGUCAUCAUGGUUACUAUGCCACACAAGAUGCUGGUUUGGGUCAUGACAGUAGAGCCAGAACUGGUGAAAUGCAAAACUGAUUUAUUUGUUUUCACAAAUCGACAAUUGACAUUCUCGGCUUCCUAUUGUUUGGACUUUUAAAACUAUUCCAGAUUCGUCAAAUGUGCUAGUCCAAGUUCCAAGGUGUGUGUUUUCCUCACUGGAUGGUGAUCUCAUUGUUAGUCUCCCUGGUAGGCAAGAGUAUAUUUCAGCACAGAGAAGAGGUGCAGUGUCCCCGAGGUGUGGCAUUGAAUUCAAAGGGACACAUUGUCUUUGCGGAUUUUUCGCUGAACAAAUUUACAAAUAUUGGCAAUGAUGGUGCCUACCAUGAAAUUGUGUUGACUAGAGAUGGUAUUCAUGGAUCAGUUGGUCUGUGCUUUGAUUGGUAUGACUCAUUAUUUGUUUAUAUGGAGACCAAAGUGAUUGCUGUGUUUGAAACUGUUUAUGAGUGUUGAUGGCGUAUAUAAUGAAAACAGAAUUAUGGGGUCUAUUUUCUAACAAGGGAGGACGAAUGUGUCCCAGUACCCAAUGCUUGUAUGAGCAUGUAUGAGCCGACUAUAGAGAACCGAGUGGUCAUAUUCCGUGACUUGCUUGAUUGCUCGUCGUCAUACACUGAAGGCCUGGAAUAUUGCUGAAUGCAGCAUUAAAACAAACAAACAAACAUCUCCAAACAAAAAAUAUUUGUGCUGAGUUGAUCCUCUGGAUCAAAGUUAUCUCAAGUCCUUGUAUAGCUCUCUUGCAUAAGAAUUUGGUGUGAACAAACAACAAAU